AUGGCACACGACCCCGCAAGUGCAUCCCACCAUGAUGCGGAGCCCAUAGCCCCAGACCCAAGCGCGCAAGUCUCAGCAGACCUCCUCCAGCAAUGCAGCUCCCUCCUCGCAGAGCUCGACGAGCUCCACUCGCUUCUCAAGGGCAUGCUGCGCAAUCCGCAGCUAGUGGAGGUGCGACAGUUUCGGUCCAACGUGAACGCGGAAUUGAAGAUGCUGCAGAAGCUGGAGCAGCGCAUGCAGAACAAUGCACUUGGAGGAGAACAGGCGGAUCCGGAACUCGAGAAGCGAUUGUUGCAUGCGAUGCGGUCGUCCAAUUUGCCCUUUUAUCAGGCUGUUUGGGACAUUGCUAAGAUGUCGUGCUCGGGCUUGGUGGCACUUGGGAAACGAUUCUAUUGGGAUGGGGAUGCCAAGGUACUUGAGACAGAAAAGGCGUCUCGGAAGAGGAAGGGGAAGGGGAAGGAUGAUGGUGGAGAGAAGCAGCCGAACAAGGACAAGCGCAAGAGUGUGUUUGUGGAUAUUGUUGCGGGUGAUGGGGAAGAAUGGGUGAAAGUGUCUACGAUCUCGAAGAGCAGGCUGUUGUUUGAUAUGGCCAAGAAGGGAUGGGAGCGAGAUAGUGGGGAUGAGUACUCCGAUGAAGGUGAAGGGCCGGAAAAACGGACUAUACUAAAAAACUUUGAUGGCUCCGAUGAUGAGGACGAUGAUGACGAUGAGCUUGAGCUUAUCAAGUUGGCUAGGGAUUUGAAGAAGGCGGCUGAUGCUACGCGGAUCCGGUAUAGACAUCCUCGACUACGAGUUACUCUACCCAAGAUCAUGGAAGGAGAUAGUCUUGAAAUUGAUGAUAUCAUCAAGGAGAUGCGCAGCUAUGGUAUCAAGGUAGAGUGCCAGAACAGCCUGGUCGAUGUGGGUGCCACAAAUCUGGCGCACCUGCUGCCCCAGCAUUUCAAGAACUUCACUUCCACCCUGAAUGUUGAUUGCACUCUGCUCCUCGCCAUGGUCUCUGAUCUAUCACACAUCAAGAAUAUGGCCCCAUCGCCGAGUUUUCAUAGAGCUAUCGUUCGCCAGAUAGAGGUCGAAAAGGAGAAACCUCUGCUUCCCACCGAGCUCUGGCCUGCUAUGGGAGAUCACGAGCUAGUGAGCACCGAAGAGGCUUCCACACGCAUGCGCGAGAUAGUCGACACCAUUGGGACGGAGACGGAGCAAACUCGAAUGAGGAUCAUGAUGGGCCAUGCCCCAUACGACCAAAUGGAUCGCGGGUCUCUCAUCCAAAAAUUCGCGGAAAUGUCCAAUUAUGAAGUUCCAAAGAGUUGGAAUCUCCCGUUGAAGGUAGUCGAGGCACAAUCGGUGAUCGACACCGGGAAAGCAGAAGGGAAACUCCCGUCUGUGGCAGACAAAGUCGCGGAAGGCUUGUCGGAUAUCAAUCACAGCGUCUUCAUGUAUGGGUGGGUCACUGGGAUGACAACCAUAUCCAGCAAUCGAACUAUUGACAAACAAAUUGAGGCGACGAUUGAGAAUAAUCGCCAAGGCGAAGACGACAGUGAAGGUCCCUUUGUCUGGAUUUGCGACACAGCGCGAAGCUUGGUGGGCAAAGACAAGGGCCGCAAAGAGUGA